CUAUGGCCGCGCUCUCCUGUGCCGCGGUGCAGCAGACGCUUCAAAGCCCCCUUGCUCUUCAAUUUGAGAUCGCUGCGCGCAUUAUUUCUAAAGUGUGUUUUAGCACAGUGUAGCAGUUCUUGAGGCGUCACAUGCUCUAUGUGCAUUUUAUGUGCAAACAAAGUGUAAACUAUCGCGUGUUUUCUCACUCAUGUUCUUGAUGCAACAUGUGGCCAGAUUUUCCGCGCCUUCAUUAUGACAUCGAUGUUCACCUCUCGCACUUCGGGGAUCCCAAUGAGCACUGGCAGGAAGCCGUUCGCAGAUGCAACUUCAUUCAUUCGGUGCAGCUGCUGCUACCAGGGCUGUCACGGAUCCCAAAAGAUGUGCAGUCUUUAAUGGCUGCUCAAGAUUACCAUGUUGUCUGUAAUGUCCGUGCCAAGGAUCUUGUGGCCUGGGACUUGGUGAAAAAUUUUGUGAGACAAGGAAAACUGCACUUGUUGUCACUCAACUCAAGUAUUCCUUACGGGAAUUGUGUAGCUGUCACAGCUGAUGGUGAACUUCACUUGUCACUGCAGGAAGAAGUCUUUCGUGUAUCGGGACUUGAAGGUUCUUGUUCUACAGGCAGUUCUAAGGGACACCGUGUUUUCGAAUCAGUGAUAGACCUACAAAAGCAGUGCUUUCAUCCAGGAAGGAAUAAUUACAAACGCACUCUGGAUUCACUGGAGCGGUGUGGCAGUCUUGUAGGCCAAGAUGUGGCUGUUGUCUGGGAGUCCUUACCAGAGCAUGCAAGCUUGUCACCUUCCCCUGUUGCGAGGUACUUUAUGCGGUGUGGCCAUACGGUGAUCCCUUGCAAACCAAGCUACUCUUCAGCAACGCAGUUCUGUCAGGCUGUGCCUACUGCACUGACAACAUUGGAACAUUUGGGAGAAGAUGUGUGUGUACCAAUCUAUGAGUGGCUUGGAGCCAUUGCCUCUGGAGUUGAUUCAAGGGACCACAAGGAUGCAAGGGAGGAGUUCAUUAGUAGCUAUCGCUUCCCUGGCCCAAGCACCGAGGUGUCCCGGCUCUCCGUGGCCAGCUGGAAAGGUUUCUUUACUCCUACGUGUGCCAUAAAGCUCCUUUUAUUACUCAGACAGUGCAUGGUCCAAGAAGAACUCCCAUUUUUCGGCCUUGUACUGCAUAGGUUUGAUGAUGACCCUACUCGACCUCUAAGUAAACAUCAAAGUUUACUGCUAAGCCGUGCUUCAGAACUCGUCAUUGUCUGUUCACCAAAUGGCCAUUAUUGUCUUUUCCAAUCUCCCAUGUGACCAUUUUAAAAAAAAGAGAAA